AUGACAAAUUUGAGUUGUGGUGCGAGAUGCCUUAAAUUUUGCCUUUUCGUCUUUAAUUUGAUUUUUUUGCUAUGUGGUUUGGUGUGUGUUGGUAUCGGUACAUGGUUGGUGCUGGAUCGAUAUGCAGUGGAUAGCUUAGCAAUUGCCAGUGAAAAAGUUCAAGUUACCGAUGAUGGAUUGCGAGAAUUGGCGUCGAAGCCAGCAGCAGUAAGACAAAUUGGAUUUCUAUUGAUUAUUGGCGGUAUAAUUGUCAUCGUUGUGUCGUUUAUGGGGUGUUGUGGAGCAGCCAAGGAAUGGCGUCUCCUUUUGUGCUGUUAUGCAACAUGUCUGAUGGUUAUACUGGCAACGCAGAUAGCUGCCGCAAUAUAUGCUGUUAUGCACAGUCAUAUGUUCGCACAAGAUUUUCGACAAAUUUUGAAAGCGUCGCUAAAAUUGUAUAACGGAACCGAUACUGCAAGCAGAAUGUCCGAUGAUACAGUGCUCAUGAAGGCUGCAUGGGAUAAAAUCAUGAUCGAGAAGUCUUGUUGUGGUGUAGAUUCGAAAAUUGGUGAUUUCAACGAAAGUGGUUGGUAUCAGUUAACCGGUAGAAGACACCAUUUUCCGCCGGCUUGUUGUCCACCAAACAAGGAUGGAAGUUUGAUGGAAUUUUGUCCUACAAUAGCCAGAUAUGGCGAUGGUUGCUAUGAUAAAAUCAAAGAUUCUGUGCAAGCCUUAUCGACUCACUUCAAGAUCGUUGCGUGGACUGUAAUCAGUAUUGCAUUAAUACAGAUAUUCGGCAUAACAGUGGCAUUUUGCUUAUGCAACGCUAUUGGUGAAGAUGAGUACUAUUGA